GAUAGGUGAUGGUUAGAAGAGAUGUAAGUGGCGUCGGCCUCGGCUCUCCAAAGCUGUAGGCUUUGGCUGAGAGAGGCGUGGCGCGCUCUGCCCCUUCAGACCGAAAACCACCUGUAUGGAUGACCAGACCUUCAGCGUGAUCCAGCCCCCCUUGUCCGCCAGGCACAAGGGCAGCAACGCGACUGACAGCUGGGGUUAUGCCGAGGUGGAGAAGGGCGUCAUGACGGCGGAAAACAUGCUGGAGGAGCCCGGGGUGCUCUCAGUGCCUCACCUGUCGGUGGAUCGAUAUGAGCGAGGCCGGCAGGGAUGCUGCGAGAAGGUGGUCGUCAACAUUUCGGGGUUACGCUUUGAGACGCAACUUAAAACUUUCAACCAGUUCCCAGACACGCUGCUGGGGGACCCUAUGAAAAGGAUGCGCUACUUUGACCCACUAAGGAACGAGUACUUUUUCGACAGGAACAGACCGAGCUUUGAUGCCAUCCUGUACUACUACCAGUCAGGGGGGCGCAUCCGGAGACCUGUUAACGUCCCCAUUGAUAUUUUCUCCGAGGAGAUCCGGUUUUAUCAACUCGGAGAGGAGGCUAUGGAGAAAUUUCGUGAUGAUGAAGGCUUUAUAAAAGAAGAGGAGCGUAUUCUGCCAAAAGGAGAAUUCCAAAAGCAGGUUUGGCUUUUGUUUGAGUACCCUGAAAGCUCCGGGCCAGCGAGGGGAAUAGCCAUAGUUUCAGUGCUUGUUAUUUUGAUUUCAAUUGUUAUCUUCUGCAUGGAGACUUUGCCGCAAUUUCGGGAUGAGAGAGACCAAGCCACAGUGGCACCCACAGUCAAUGGCACUGCUCCCUACAAGCCAAACCCGUUUACAGACCCUUUCUUUGUGAUAGAGACCCUGUGCAUCAUAUGGUUCUCUUUCGAGUUACUGGUCAGGUUUUUCGCCUGCCCCAGCAAAACGACCUUCUCCAAAAACAUCAUGAAUAUCAUUGACAUCGUUGCUAUCUUCCCCUACUUCAUCACUUUGGGGACUGAGCUGGCCGAGAAGGAAAAUAACGGCGGCCAGCAGGCGAUGUCCCUCGCCAUCCUGAGGGUGAUCAGACUGGUGAGGGUCUUUCGCAUUUUUAAGCUGUCACGUCACUCAAAGGGACUUCAGAUUUUGGGCCAGACCCUCAAGGCCAGCAUGAGGGAGCUCGGCCUGCUCAUAUUCUUCCUCUUCAUCGGAGUUAUUCUCUUCUCCAGCGCGGUUUACUUUGCAGAAGCAGACGACCCCUCGUCCAGUUUCACCAGCAUCCCUGAUGCGUUUUGGUGGGCAGUGGUCACCAUGACCACAGUCGGAUAUGGAGACAUGCAUCCGGUGACCAUUGGUGGGAAAAUAGUGGGGUCGCUGUGCGCAAUCGCAGGCGUGCUGACAAUUGCCUUACCCGUGCCAGUGAUUGUGUCCAAUUUCAACUACUUUUACCACAGAGAGACUGACGGAGAGGAGCACCCGCAGUACGUGCACACCAGCAGCUGUGAGCACCUCCCCUCGGAGGAGCUGAGGAGGUCGUGCAGCUCCUCAUCCCUCAGCAAGUCUGAGUGCAUGAUGAUAGAGGAGAGCAUCAACAGCGCCUUCAAACAGCCCAACUUCACCACCGAGAACAACCAGAACUGCGUGAACAUCAAAAAGAUCUUUACAGACGUGUAAAUGAGCCCCAGAAUGGAUCAUUUAUGGAGCAUGAAGACAUAGUAGCUAUAAUAUUAUUUUUAUAUAUAAAUAUAAAUAUAUAUAUAUAUAAAACCAUAAUGUGUCAGUCCAUAUCUGUGGAUGAACGUGCGUAAAUGUCCGUUUUAACAAGUCAUUUGUUAUUAUUUUUAAUAUAAGCAAACGAGAAAUUUCGAUUCUACUUGUUUCCAGUGUAUAUUCACAUGUUUUGAGUAUUUCUCAAAGACCAAGAAGUAUCAAUAUAACCCAAAAACAUUUGCACUGGAAAAAUAUUAAAAGCAUUUAAUGAACAAGUAAACGGCUUGUUAAAACCGAUAUGUCUGCAGUGUAUAGUGCCACACGAUGCCUACAUAUCGUGAUGUAAUACAAAGGUUGUUGUUGUUCAUGAUUGGGAUACACGUGUAGCAUAUAUAGUCUACUAUAUAACAUUUACCCACGACGUCUUGUGCUUCGUGGAAACAGAAGUUUCAUUGUCCAGUAAUGUAAUGAAUAGACUAUGGUAAUUUAUAUAGCCAAAUGCCUGUUUUAGGUUAUAUUUAAUAUCAUAACCUGUCGAGAUGUUGGACUCACAUGAUUAUUCAGGUAAUAACACACGGAGUGGUGUAGAUAGAAACGCGUAUCAUAAGAUAUAAGUCGAGUUUUUUGGUAAAAUUGUAUUUUCAUUCAGAACUGCCUAUAUAGCCUAUAUUAAAUAAAACGGAAAUUAACUGA